AUGGCGAUUAAAGACGAUGAAACGAUUCGCGCCCAUUGGCGAUGCUUCGUAGCAUGCGGCCUCAUGGUUUUAUCGCCAUUCCAAUAUGGUGUUGACUUUGGAUUGAUAGGAGGUCUGCAGGCAAUGCCGGGGUUCCUGAAAAUUUAUGGCCAUCCAGCUCCGAAUACCUCAAUCGGGUGGAAUAUUUCGACAGUACGACAGCAGCUUAUCACGUCGUUAAUGACUCUCGGCGCCUUCGUCAGCUCUGCGACAGCAGGUUUGGUAGCUGCCAAGUUUGGUCGCAAGGCUUGUUUAUGGAUGGCUUGCCUAGGUUGUGUUGUAUCCAAUGUUAUCAUGAUGACUACUACCGAUAUCAACGCAUUGUAUGUCGGACGCCUAUUGAACGGAUUGGCCAAUGGGUACUUCAUGACUUUCUCUCAACUCUUCAUCCAGGAGAGUAGCCCCGCCAAGUAUCGUGGACUCUUCCUAUCUGCGUUCCAAUUCUGCACAUCAUUCGGUACACUGAUUGGCACCAUUGUGGAUUGGGCAACUGCAUCACGACCAGACCGAUCGGCUUAUCUGAUUCCAUUAGGAAUCAUUUAUAUCGUACCACUUUUCCUAACGAUAGGCCUUUUCUUCAUACCUGAAUCUCCUCGUUGGUUAAUUUUACAAGACCGGAUCGAAGAAGGCCAGAAGGCUUUGGCGUGGCUUAGACCGACCGGCACUCCAGUCGAUAUUGAAGUCGCGGAAAUAAAAGCAGCGAUUGAUAAGGAGCGUGAAAUGGGUAGUCAGGUCAGCGUAUUGGAUAUGUUCAAGAACCCUAUCGACAGGAGACGUACAAUUCUCGCCGUCUGUGGUGUGACUUUGCAAGCUGCCACAGGAUCCAUGUUCAUCAUCUCAUACAAGGCAUACUUCUUUACAAUGGCCAAGGUAGCGAACCCUUUCGCGAUGGGAUGUGUUCUAAGCGCAAUUGGACUGUUCGCCAUCGUCCUAAAUUCCUUGAUCGUAGUGCGCUAUGGCCGUCGCCGUGUACUUCUAAUGAGCGGUCUUGGUAUAUGUGGUAUUCUUCAGUUGAUUGUUGCCAUUGUGUACGACAAGAACCCUGGCGCAAAAGCUACUGGCGAGGUACUUGUGGCCCUGUCAUGCCUUUACAUGAUGAGCUAUAAUGGAAUGGUUGCGACUUACGCGUGGUUGAGCGGUGGAGAGCUUCCGUCUCAACGACUCCGUAGCUAUACGUUCGGCUUAGCAGCGGCGGUGGCAUUUUUUGCCGCAUGGCUUACUACGUUUACCGCACCCUAUUUUAUCAACCCGGACUCUCUAAACUGGGGCCCGAGAUACGGUUAUAUCUGGUUCCCCAGUUCCAUUGUGGCCGGAAUAUGGGUAUACUUCUUCUUACCCGAAGUUCAAGGACGAACAUUGGAAGAAAUCGACGAAAUGUUCGAAGAAAAACUCCCCGCGAGGAAAUUCCGAGGAUAUAAAAGCAUUCGUAGACUCGCUGCAAUUGAGAAACCGGGCGCUCAACAUGAGGAGUGA